UGCAAGAUGUGGGAUUGUGGGACGUUGGCUGGGGCCCAGGAAUCCGCAGAAUGCCCCGGCGCUCGGCGGCGUCUUGCAUCAGCCGGCAGAAGUUCGCGCUCGGCCGGGAAAAGGAAUCUGCGGCCCCACUCCGGCGCGUCUUGGGCUGCUGCUCUGGGGCUGAAGUAACCUGCCGUGAUGAUCUCCACUCCCAGGAUGCCCCUCCUACUGCUGCUGCUCCACAUCCCAAGUGCUGCCAAAGCUCAGGUUAAUCCAGCUGUAUGCCGUUAUCCUCUGGGCAUGUCAGGCGGCCACAUCCCAGACGAGGACAUCUCCGCUUCCAGUCAGUGGUCUGAAUCCACAGCAGCCAAGUAUGGAAGGCUUGAUUCAGAAGAGGGUGAUGGGGCUUGGUGUCCAGAGAUCCCAGUUGAGCCGGAUGACCUCAAGGAGUUCCUUCAGAUUGACCUGCACGCCCUGCACUUUAUCACCCUGGUGGGGACCCAGGGGCGACACGCUGGCGGCCAUGGCAAUGAGUUUGCACCAAUGUACAAGAUCAAUUACAGCCGGGAUGGCACCCGUUGGAUUUCCUGGAGGAACCGGCAUGGGAAGCAGGUGCUGGAUGGAAACACCAACCCUUAUGACAUUGUCCUCAAGGACCUGGAGCCUCCCAUCAUAGCUCGCUUCGUACGCUUUAUUCCCAUCACCGACCACUCCAUGAAUGUAUGCUUGCGAGUGGAGCUCUACGGCUGCACGUGGCUAGAUGGGCUGGUUUCCUACAACGCGCCUGCUGGACAACAGUUCGUCCUUCCCAGCGGCACAGUCAUUUACCUCAACGAUUCUGUGUAUGAUGGCGCUUUUGGCUACAGCAUGACUGAGGGACUGGGCCAGCUGACGGACGGUGUUUCUGGCCUGGAUGACUUCACACAGACCCAUGAGUACCACAUGUGGCCUGGCUAUGACUACGUAGGGUGGCGCAAUGAAAGCGCUGCUGGGGGCUACAUUGAAAUCAUGUUCGAAUUUGAUCGGAUCAGAAACUUCACCACCAUGAAGGUGCACUGCAACAACAUGUUUGCCAAGGGGGUGAAGAUCUUCAAGGAGGUUCAGUGCUAUUUCCGCUCCGAUGCCAAUGAAUGGGAGCCCAACACCAUCUCCUCAGUGCUGGUGCUGGAUGACGUCAACCCCAGUGCGCGGUUCGUCACUGUGCCCUUGCUUCAUCGCAUGGCCAGCGCCAUCAAGUGCCAGUAUUACUUUGCUGACACCUGGAUGAUGUUCAGUGAGAUUACAUUCCAGUCAGAUGCAGCCAUGUACAACAACUCUGGAGCCCCUCCUGAGUCACCCAUAGCACCCACCACUUACGAUCCAACCCUCAAGGUGGAUGACAGCAACACACGCAUCCUGAUUGGCUGCCUGGUGGCAAUCAUCUUCAUCCUGGUGGCCAUCAUUGUCAUCAUCCUGUGGAGGCAGUUCUGGCAAAAGAUGCUGGAGAAGGCGUCUCGUCGGAUGCUGGACGAUGAAAUGACCGUCAGCCUCUCCCUGCCUAGUGAAUCCAGUAUGUUCAACCACAACCACUCCUCCUCGUCCAGUGAGCAGGAGUCCAACUCCACCUAUGACCGUAUCUUCCCCCUGGGCCCAGACUACCAGGAACCCUCGCGGUUGAUCCGCAAACUGCCAGAGUUUGCCCCAGGAGACGAAGAGGCAGGCUGCAGUGGAGUCCUCAAACCCGCCCAGCCAAGUGGCCCCGAGGGAGUCCCCCAUUACGCGGAGGCUGACAUUGUGAAUCUGCAGGGGGUUACAGGCAGCAACACCUACUCCGUGCCUGCCAUCACUAUGGACCUGCUCUCUGGCAAGGAUGUGGCUGUGGAAGAGUUCCCUAGAAAACUGCUAACCUUCAAGGAGAAGCUUGGAGAAGGCCAGUUUGGGGAGGUUCAUCUCUGCGAAGUGGAGGGGAUGGAAAAGUUCAUGGACAAAGAUUUUGCUUUGGAUGUGAGCUCCAACCAACCUGUCCUGGUGGCUGUGAAAAUGCUGCGAGCAGAUGCCAACAAGAAUGCCAGGAAUGACUUUCUGAAGGAGAUAAAGAUCAUGUCACGGCUCAAGGACCCUAAUAUCAUCCGGCUGCUGGCAGUGUGCAUCACUGACGACCCUCUCUGUAUGAUUACCGAGUACAUGGAGAACGGAGACCUCAACCAGUUCCUAUCCCGCCACGAGCCCCAGCUCCCCCCUGCCAGCAAUGGACCCAUUGUCAGCUACACUGACCUGAAGUUCAUGGCCACUCAAAUUGCCUCUGGCAUGAAGUACCUGUCCUCUCUGAAUUUUGUGCAUCGGGACCUGGCCACACGCAACUGCUUGGUGGGUAAGAACUACACCAUCAAGAUAGCAGACUUCGGCAUGAGCAGGAACCUGUACAGUGGAGACUACUACCGAAUCCAGGGGCGGGCCGUGCUUCCUAUUCGCUGGAUGUCCUGGGAAAGUAUUUUAUUAGGCAAAUUCACUACAGCCAGUGAUGUCUGGGCUUUUGGGGUGACACUAUGGGAGACCUUCACUUUUUGCCGAGAGCAGCCAUAUUCCCAGCUGUCAGAUGAACAGGUCAUUGAGAAUACUGGAGAAUUCUUCAGGGAUCAGGGGCGGCAGACAUACCUUCCUCAGCCUGCUCUCUGCCCUGAUCCUGUCUACAAGCUAAUGCUCAGCUGCUGGAGACGAGACACGAAAGAUCGCCCCUCCUUCCAGGAAAUUCACCGCCUCCUCCAACCACCAGCCAGCGAAGAAUGACACUUUGCUUCCCUCACACGUCCUGGUCCUCAUCCCACCCCGGAAGAUCCACCUGUAAAAACUGAAGCCACUUCACCUGGACUCACAACAAAACCUGGGCAGUGGUGCUUCUUCUACUGCACAUUAAACAAUCACCAUAAGCGGAGAAAAAAGUGAGAAGGAAGCAAGCCUAGAUCAGACCAAAUCCAUAGCUCAUAUGACAAGCUAACUCUGGAAUGACAAAGGAUGAACAAGGGUUACUGAUAGAUGUGGCAUGUUCCUGUUUAUCAGUGGAUUCAGUCAAAGAGGAUUCUGUUUUCCCAUUUUGGAAGGGGAAAUGUAAGGUCCAUAUUCUCCAUGAGGAAGCUCCUUGUGCAGGGAGCGUGUGCUGGAAAUGCAUCUGUGGAUGGGAGCACACACCAGGAAAGUGCCUGGUAAAAGGAGGGUAGUUGGGGGAUGUGCCUAGUGCAGGGAAUGCAGGUAAGGAACACAGUAAUGCAGGAGUUGCCACUAAAGCAGAGUGGGCUGUGCAAUUACAAAGUGAAAACUGAACCUGUCUGGACACUUUUAGGUUUCAGACAGGCUCAACGGAUUUAUCAUUAGCCUGGUUAGGAUUCCUCCCAUCCUUGCUUGGUUAUAGCCCGUUAGACAGGAGAAAGCCCAAACACAUUGUGUAGUACAAUGUGCCAGCUGCUGGGCUGGAAUGUGCAUUCUGCUUGGUAGGUGAACAUUCCCACUGCCAUGGAGGCAUUGCUUUCUGAGGAGCAUAUGGUUUACUGCAUCUGCUGCAGGACCAAUGAGGAAUGACAAGCCACCCAUCUAGAGGACAGCAGAAGUGCCCUCCUUUGAUCCAGGCACGGCCUCUUGAGCGGGCCUUAUGUCCUUGAGAAAUGCAUUCCGCAUCUGCUGUUCAUGUUGUCAAGGUAGGGAAAUCCUACAGCUACCAGAUUAGUGGGGUAGGUGCUAGCUCUGCAUUUCCUGAGAAUCAGAGUUAGAGAGAUGUUUUAGAUCAAACAUUUAAUUUCAAAGGGUAGUGGCCAUAAUCACCCAGUUCCCUCCCCAUGUAUAACCCCCUCCCCCACCUUCUUGAGCUUUAACAAGUAAAAGAACAGGAUGUUGUACUGCUCUGGACAUCCGCCAGCACCGAGGGCUGCCACUCCUGCUUGUAGUAACCUUGAGCACCAUGAUAACAUUGUUUGUUGUGAAUAUAAUGCCUGGAGUUACCACUAACGAUAGCUCCUCUCCUGCCUACCCCAUCUUGGCACAGAAGCUCUCUUGGCAUGUCAUGUUCUAUUCUAGGGCUUGGUCUGACCCCCAGCUGUGGUCUGGCAGGAUUUCCAGCCAAAAGUACUUGGGACCAAUCUAGCCAUGGUUGGAGCUUCUGUGAGAAUGAAUGUGCUCCCCUGGCAUCCCCUAGAUUUGGCUGUUGCAUGCAUGAAUGAUUUGGGCAGUGUCCCUACUGGUCCUGUUUGCUCUGUCAGUUUCCAGUCAAUGUACACAAAGGGGCUUGCUGAUGCAAUGGGUGUGAAAGUGAGACCCUUACAGUAUGGAAUACACCUUUGUUCCCUACAAGGAUGCCUGUUGUUUGCAUACACAUCAGCCCUUGAAAUGCAACAGAGAACACAGUUGGUCUGAUAUGCUCAUCCUGAGAUACGCAAACCCAUAGCACUGUUUCCAGUAUACUAUAACCUAGCAUGGAUAGGGCAUGCGUAUACGGGCGCUGUGCCUGUGCUAAGUGAGCAAACCAUUGCAGGGACGUGAGCUGUGUGAAAUAGUUGGCUGCCUCACUCAUCCUGACAGCAGCUGGUAUGUCAACACAGCAGCUCUAUUUGCAUCAGAACCACCUUGGCUAUCACCACCUAGCAAGACUUACAAUUGCAGUUGUACCAGUUGCCAAGGUGGCUGGAAUGACUCGUGAACGUGGGUGCCAACCUCAGGGCAGGCUGUUAAGAAACGAGGCACGAACCCCAAACUGGUUGUAUGUUCUGUACUUAGAUUUCACCAACCAAGUAACAAGUGUGAACUCCUCAACCAUUGUAACAGCCUUAACAUGGCUCAGGCACUCAGGGAUGUCUUAUCACCCAGACAAGCCUGCCUCUGUGAUAGAUGGUCCCUUACACCAAAAAUCACAGCAAUAUUCAGGAUAUACAAGUCCCAAAGUACCACUCACUUAGCCCAGGUCAAGUGCACCCUAGAUUUCUCACUAAAGACAAUGUUUGUAGUCAAUCCUGUAAUAAACUACCGAAAGGUUUAUUAAAAGAAAUAAGAGUUAUUUACGGGGUUAAAGCAGGUGCCAAAAGAUUAUGAUAGCUGCUAUAAUAUGCAAGCUUUAUAUGUUCUUUGCUUAUGUUUAGGAAUCUUUGCCCCUCAAAGUCCACACAGCAUUUUUAUUCCCUUUGCCCCUGAGUUCAAACUGAUGGGACAAACAUUUGUGCACGUCACCUCUUCAUGGGUGUGGGGGGAGAAAUCAACAAGUUUUUUGUCCACUGAUGUACCGCAGUGGCUUGUCUUGUGUCUGUAGAUCUUUUGUUGGGCAGGAGAUGACACUUCUUGUGGUACACUAGUAUUUCACACUUUGGUAAUGCUUCUCUCCUGACAGUGGUGGGCGUAUCCCAGUUUCAUAGCAAACACUUUCAUAGUUACAGAACAAAUACUUAAAUAUUACCUUAUAACAUGGGAUACAGAUAUUAUAAGUGGAAUAAUACAUGCAGCAUCCUACAAGCAUUUCAUAAAGUAUAAACUAAACACAUUCUGAUAACUCUAAUAUCUGUUUUAACCAUACUAACAUACAGGUGAGCCAGACUGGUUUCCAACUCUGUAUUUGUCAGUGUUCAGUGAGGCCUGGGCACUCACCAUGAGCUGGCACCUGGUCUGCCAGUGUUACACUCUUACUUUCUAGGAUUCCUCUGGGGGCUCACAAUGUUGCUGGGAGUGUGGGUAAUUUCCCUGAGUGAAAUUAUGCAUUUUGGGGUGGAGUGGGGAGGUUGGGCUGAACCUGGGCAUGUUCAGUGCUUGUGCAUUCCCAACUACACAGGGAUCCAAAUAUUGCAGACUGCACUGGUGCAGCCAACGCUAAGCUAACAGCUUCAUUGCAGACACUGCAAACAGGUAGUAGAACCACCACUUGGGAUGGCUGUUGUUUGCAGUCCUAAGCUGUUGCAAGCUUAAUGCAUUCCAAGCAACAGUUAGUGGUGACAUAUUCUUAGCUAGUAUAGACUGGCCUUUGUGCAUGAUGAUGGGAGGAGACAGGUUCUGAGCCUAUACAUAAAGAGCACUCAGCGCUAUAUUCUGUUUAUUUUUCUCCAUACAAAUAGUAAGUACCAUCAAAGAAAUGAUAGGAAAAUAAUUCAAAUUGCAUCAAGAGCAGAAUUUGUCAUUCCUGUAUUCCCUGAAAUUCAAAAAAAAGACAGAAGUUCCUUGGCACUUUUCUUUCCUAUGAAAAUGAAAUCUGUCAUUCAGUCGUAGCUGCGAUCCCAGGCCCCAUGGCCAUAAAAUCAGUCUCUGUGCACAAAGCACUUCCAGUCUUGGGCAGGUUAAGGCAAAUGGCAAAGCUUUAGUCAUGCUAAAAGCUGUUUAAUCUCUCCCAUGAAAAGGACCUUUCUGGAAUCUCUGAUCAGCAUGGGACUGAGACUAGGCUCAGGAAUGACAAAGGGCGAGACUUAACGGAUUUCUGUCAAAGGCUAAUUUGACUUGCUGGGUCCUGAGUUCUAGCAGGGUUUCCCUGCAAGGGUUGGUCACCCUAAACUACUAACAUAGAGUAUUUUCUUUCAUUGCUUAGGUGUUCACAGUUUUCAUCAAAAACCUCCCUCAUUUUGGUGCCAGACACGACCCAGAGUGUCCUAGCCCCCUUUUAUACUGUAGGAACUAUCGUUUAAAAAUCAUGCUUAAACACAGUUUAAAUGUGAUUGUAGCCAAAUUGGAUUCUAACAUGAUUUGGUUGGUCAGGUAACAUAGGCAGGGCCCUUCCUAGGCUAGGGAAUGGAGGUGUUACCCUGAAAGUUGGAUUUGGGCACCCCUAGAAUAACCUGCUUAUCACCCCCUUACUCUAUGCCUCCCAAGGUAUGAGUUUCCAAGGCCGUUAAGGAAAACACUAAAGGACACAGAUAUAACCUUCCGAUUAAAUGAUUUUAUUAAGAUAACUAAUAAUCCCUGCUACAGGGUAUUCUAAGAAUAAAAAUCAGAGACAAAUCCCUUGUUGCAAGUUGAAGGGAAUUUAAACUGCAGUAGUAUACAGUCUAAAUCAGGGGUGCGCAAACUUUUUGGCCUGAGGGUCACAUUGGGGUUCCAAAACUGUAUGGCGGGCCGGGUAGGGAAGGCUGUGCCACCCCAAACAGCCUGGCCCCUGCCCUCUAUUCGUCCCCUCCCACUUCCCGCUCCCUGACUGUCUCCUUCAGAACCUCCGACCCAUCCAACCCCCUGCUCCUUGUCCCCUGACCUCCCCCUCCUGGGAUCCCCCACCCCUAACCACCCCCCCCAAGACCUCCCCCACCCCGCUCCCUGUCCCUUCAUUGCCCCGACCACUAACCACACACCUGCUCCCUGACAGGCCCCCCAGGACUCCCAUGACUAUCCAACCGCCCCCUGCUCUCUGUCCCCUGACUGCCCCCCCCCAGAACCUCCACCCCAUCCAAUUGUCCCCUGCUCACUGUCCCCUGACUGCCGCCCGGGAUGCCCGGCCCCCUAUUCAAGCCCCCGCCCCAGCUCCCUGCCCCCUUAUCAUGCUGCUCAGAGCACCAGGACUGGCAGCCGUAAGUAGUGCAUUCCUAUGGGGAGCAAUUUAAUACACAAUACCGGUGGCUCUCACAGGAGCUCGCAGCCCCACCACCCAGAGUCCUGGCAGCACGGCGAGAUGAGGCUGUGGGGGAGGGGGGCUCAGCUCCCCAGCCGGGAGCUCAAGGGCCGCGCAGGACGGUUCCGUGGGUCGCAUGUGGUCCGCGGGCUGUAGUUUGCCCACCUCUGGUCUAAAUGAUGCACUCUGCCACAGAUGGCCAGUCUGUGACAGAUCGCUGACAGCAGUUCUUAGUUUACACUUUACAUUUUACAUAGGUAAAUUACAAUGAAAACACAUACACACGUCUUAAGCAUAUACAUACUAAUACUAAACUACACUUAUGCUCUACUAUAAUUAAAACUAACAGGCCUACACUACUGAGUCCACUGUGUUGUCAGAUGCUGCUGGGUCAGCUCUGGUUACCUGCCAGUUUAGAAUGUUCCUUUGAAAUUCUCUCUCUCCUUCUCUCUAUCUAGCAGUCCUUCCAGCAGCUCUUCUCGCUGGCUCCUGACUUUGCCUGCUGAUCGUCUCCCUUUUAUACUGUCCUAUCCAAACUUUCUUUUGUACUAUUUAUUUUUAACCUCUGCUGAGCAUGCUCAUCAUCAAACAUUCCCUCAUCCUUAGCUACCAGGAGAAGUAGCCCCAAGCUAGCCCAGACUGGCGCUGCUUGACUGUUCCUUACCCUUAUACUGCACAUGCUCACUUGCAUUAUUUCUACCUUAGAGACACAAUCACUUAAUUCAACCUUAGUGCCCAGACUCCAGAUCUAGCCUACUUUGUGGCCAUACCUCAUUUUACUCUCAGGUCUGGUCAUGUGACUUACAAUGUUCAAUGGUAAAUGACCUGCAGCUUACAGUUGGUGAAGUGACACCUGCUUAUUCCAGAGGGAAGCCAGAGACACCGAAUGGGGGGUAGGAAUACAAAAUGGAAUCUCGGGGAAUUUUUUGAUAUCAAAGAAUUCAGGAAGUUUCCUCCCAUCCCCACUGGCUCACCAAUCUGUGUUAGAGCCCCACUCACAUCAUUUAAAUGGUGCUGAGGCCUGAAUUGUAAACUCUGCGUUACAUUAGUAUAGCCGGGCCUCAGCUCUAAGUAACUCAGGGACUAGGAAAGAUUUGCAAACACUGCUUUUAAGUGUGACUGCUCUCCCAUCACUGAGCCAAUUCCUCCAGCAGCUUCUGCUCUACAAAUCAAACUCAGUGAUCUAGUGAGGUGCUCUCACAGCAGAGACAAGAGGCCGUGAGAUCUCUUCCUGCAUGUGACUCCUGGGAAUGGAGGGAAGGGAAUCCGAGCAGAGGACAGCAUCUGAACCAAGUGCAAGGAGGACAAGGACCUGUGGGGGUGAAUGUAGUAAGUGCUGGCACCAGUCAGCCAUGGAGAAUCAUCCCAUGAAGAGAUGGGGAGGCCAACAGUGGGAGUUGAAGGCAAUAGGCAUGUGCAAAAAUGUCCUAUAGUGAGAGUGGCUGGACAGAUUAGAAAGGGAUGUGAUAAAGGGAAAGAGGAGAGAUGGACAUGAUGGAGGGAGGACGGUGCAGAAAAGAUGGUGGAGGAUCAGUGGCAGGAAGAAGGACGAGGGAUGGUCCAGUGUUUAGGGCACUAGCCUAGGAGUCAGGAGACUAGAGCACAACAGGAUCCAUCUAGUUCAGGAUCCUGUCACCAGGUGGGGCCAGUACCAGCUGCUUCAGAGGAAGGUGCAAGGAACAUGGAGUGGGACAUUUCACCUUUACCAAAGCGCUCUGGCCCCAUGUACAGCAAAUGUAUGGUUUGGCACAACCCUUCUCAAGAACCAAGGGAUUGUGGGACUGGCAGUCGGGAAGAGGGGGAGGGGCACGGGCACAUGGGAAUUGUAGUGGGGCUGCAGUGUAUGCUGGGAAAGGGAAAUAAAGGAGUUCUGUAUUGCCCAGGGUGGGGGGAUGGACGGCUUGUGAUGUGCUGGCGUUUGGAGUAGAUGCUUGUAGUGGUCUCUUCUGGCCUUACAAUCUCUGAGAUCAAACUUGUGUGGGCCUUGCCACAGAGAGAAAGAAAGAAACAUGGAGAACACAGAAAUGGCUGGUGGGUCUCUGGGACAGAGUGGAGGCCAUGGCUAAAGGUGAGAGGGAGGUACCCCAGGACAAGAGAGUUCAUUUACCUGAGAGUUUGUUCAGAGAGCUUUUCAGAGGGUGAAGAAAUCGAUGCUGAACAUUGGCACAGGGCUUGAAGGAAGCCUAGGGUGAGCAUCUGCUUUUUGUCAUGCUGUUGUGGAGGGCUUUGUGGGUCAGGGUGGGAGAAAGUCUCCCCUUAUUUCACUGUGUCAAGAGUAGGAGAUAGCUGAGACCUGAGGGAAGGCUGUGGCUCCAUGCAGGUGCAGUUAGCUUACUGGAGCUCUUGGUAUUUGGACUCUCACUGAACUUGUUUGCUCUAGAAGGGCUGGUGUUUUCCUAACUUAGAGGCAGAGCUAAGUUAAACUAUUCAGCCAGGUGAGAGAGAAGUCAAGGCAGAGUUGGAAGGGGAAACUGAGGCAAUUGCUGUAUCACCAGGUGUGAUAAAAGCAGGUGGUAUUGGUGCCUAUAGGGGAAGUUUCUUCCUAGCACUCCCAGUUAGUGGUUGGCUUAUAUCCUGAAACAGGAGGCAUUUUAUCCCUUAGCCAUUUUAAACCCGUAUAAUGUAAUUUUAGAUGUUCUUAAGAUUUAUGUUAAUGUCCAGCCCUUUUAUAUUCCUUGUAAGCUUUUGUUCUCUUAUGGCAAUGAGGUCUGCAGUUUAAAAGGGAAACUAGAAAUGCCUGGUCUACCUUCUUUAUACCAUUCAUUGUUUUGUAUGCCUUAAUCGUGCCACCUCAUAUCUGUGUCCAUGUUACGUCUUUUCAUUUUAGUGGACGGUUUCUCAGCCGCCCGGUAUUUCUGCUAAAUAGUGUGGCAGAGUUGAGCCUAGAUUUUCAGGCAGGGGUGCUCUGGGUUGUGCCUAGGGACCAGCUCAGUACUCACUGACUCCAGCCACCUUUGCACCGAGCUCCUGAGCUGCACUGUGAACCCAUCAGGUCCAGCCCAGGAUCUGUGCAUCUGUCUGUGAGCUCUCUGGGGGAGGGACCUUGUCCUAUAUUUGAUCUGCACAUUUAGUGCUACAAAAAUAAUCCUGAGAAAUGCAUCACCCCCAUUGAUGCUGAUUUGCUACAGCACAGUCACCUGGUGCUGGAUCUAGAGUUAGAGCAAUUCUGGACAUGGACUGGAGAAAUUCACAGUGAAACCAGUGGAAAUUCCUUAAUCUUCCACUCCCCCCUGUGAAACAAGCAGUCGCACUGGUUUAACACCAUACGGUUAAAUGGCUACAAGUCUGUGUGUAGGAGAAAUACAUAAGGAGGGUAACUUGGGAGUACUUACAUUUACCACCAAGUGACAAUAAGAUCCCACAAAGGAGUUGGCUGAUGAGGAUGCUCCGGCUGCCUGCAGGGCACCCUUCUACCUCUAUUUGAGUCCAUAUGGCUGAAAUCUGGUUUGCUUACAUGCCUCUGUGCACAGGGCAUGUGAACUGUUUUCAUUCUGGUUUGGUAGGAUUGUACAUCCACUUAGCACUCACUUAACAGGCAUGUGAUGACCACACAUCCUAGUGGUUGUCUCCAGGGCAGUCAGGCCCAGCUCAGAUGAACUUGAAGGCAAUGACAGCAGACUUAACCUAGUUUGUGUGACUUUUGUUUCUUCACACAAACUUGCACCGAAAUAGCCUGUCCGUUUCAGUUCACACCUUUCUGAUCAACUUCAGCAAAUUCUAACAAAACACUUUUCUUUUGAAAUAUGAAUGUUCCCACAGUGACCUGCCACGAAAUAACAGAAGAUGUAAAUUAAAAGCCUUUGGAUUAUUUUGGUGCAAGUUUGUGGGGAGAUCAGUCUUGGCUGUGAUAGAGAAGGGGGAGCCAGUGGAUGGUGCAGAGAAGGAAUUGAUAGCAGAUUGGUGGGCCACUAGGUGUGGGAUGGGUUGGUGUGGGGUCAGAGGAGGAGGUUUUAACAGGCAUCAGGUUUAAAACAAACAAAGGAAGUAUUUUUUCACACAACAUCGUCAACCUGUGGAACUCCUUGCCAGAGGAUGUUGUGAAGGCCAAGACUAUAACAGGAUUAAAAAAAGAACUAGGUAAGUUCAUGAGGGAUCAAUGGCUCAUCAAUCAAUGAUCAGUGGUGUCAAGGCUGAUUCCCUACUCUGGCACUUUGAAUGCAGAAGGUGGGGGCCCGCAAGGAUUAUAAAAAUGAAUACUGGCCAUUCCAGGCUUGUAUUAAACUCCCAACAUUACAGCUUCUCUCUAACCUUGGAUGGGUAGAUGCUGCCAAUACCCAAAUGCAAAAAAAACCCCUUUUGAGAAUCCAGAAAGGAGCACUUGGGAAUUCCUUCCUGUGGGGUACCCUCAAACCCUUUCACUCCCACUCCAGGGAAGAGCUGAGAAAGAAAAACAAAGGAAAUUAGCUGUUGCCCCAGCUAAUUAAACAACAUGCACAAACCUCUUAGGGACAUAAAAAUUCAAUCCUCUUCUUAAGAAAGGUAAAUUUUAUUAAAAACAAAAGAAAAGAAAAUACAUCUGGAAGUUAGGCUUUUUGCUAGAUUGAAAAAAACCAAACCACAAAAAUUAAGCAUCAAGGUAGCUCUCUUGAGGUUCAACUUAAAGGUUACAAGCAAAACAAAAGCACCUGGGGUUAGCACAGAGGAGUCCACAAGCCAAUAAGAAAUAAAAGAAAUAACCUUAAUCGUGUCUUCCUAGACCUUCCCUGACUUACUUAUAUAUCUGGGGUUUCAGAUAAGCAAUUUCUAGGUAUGAUCUGAUGGUUCUUCAUACCUGGCUUAAAGCUUCUUACAUCAUAGUUCAGCCCUGUUUCUGUUCUGCAUCUCCUCUCUCCAGCGAACAACAACAGACAGACAAAGGGAAAGUUUUUUCCCAGUUUUAAAAAGUUCUAGCCCUCCCAUUGGCUCUUUUAGUCAGGUGCCCACUCCCUUCUUUUUACCUAUGGGCUUUUUAAACUCUUUACAGGUAAAGCAAGUAGAGAACAGCUACCAAGAGGGAUUUUAUAGCUAACUGGCUGGCUGGUUGUCCAUAAAAGGAAACUUCCCCCACCCCUUCAUUUAUCACAAAUGGCUAUCAGCCAGGAUGGUCAAGGAUGAUGUCCCUACCCUCUGUUUGCCAGAAGCUGGGAAUGGGCGGCAGGGGAUGGAUCACUUGAUGAUUACCUGUUCUGUUCAUUCCCUCUGGGGCACCUGGCAUUGGCCACUGUUGGAAGACAGGAUACUGGGCUAGAUGAACCUUUGGUCUGACCCAAUAUGGCCGUUCUUAUGUUAUAGUAUUCAGAAUGGGCUGGACAGAAGGGAAAGCUUGGUUCUGCAAACCAUAUGCCCAAGGCGCUGGAAUCCACUCAAUGUCUGUACCUCGCCCCAACACAUGCACACCUGUGAAACAAACCCAAACACAAGACAAAUGUCAUAUCAGAAACUCUUAACACAUCUGAUGACUCCCUUUUUUACAGCUAUCUGCAUCACAGACUGAUGAAGGUAAAGAUAGGGCCCACAAUGGAACUAUGAUUCCAAAUCUGCUGUGGAAUUCAAACUCUGCAGCCUGGAACCAUCUCUGAGCAGGGCACUGCAUUUGGUUUCAGCAAGCUAGAUACCUUUAGUUUUACAGGCACUUAAAAAAAAUCAACCAAAGAGAGGGAACAAAAUCAUGUUGGAGUUUGCUUUCAGAAAGCCAAGCUGGGCUUUUUUUUGGUCCAGUUUUGGAAAAAGGAGCUCAUCUGCAGAGCUGUAUUCAAGAGCAAAGCUUGCCAACAGAGCUGAAAAAUUCUGACCAGCAGAGUACUGUGUCCAAUUUUGGUCACCAAUGUAUAGAAAGGAUGUAGAGAAACUGGAAAGGAUCCAGAGGUGAGCGACAAAGAUGAUCCAAGGGAUGGAAUGCAAAGGCUGAGCAGAGGCUGAACGAACUGGCUAUGUUUAGUUUGGAAAAGAGGAGAUUAAGGGGGAUAUGACAGCGGUCCUCAAAUACUUAAAAGGCUGCCAUAAAAAAGAUGGAGAAAAGUUGUUCUCUCUUGCCACAGAGGGCCGGAAAAGAGGCAAUGGGUUCAAACUACAGCACAGCAGAUUUAGAUUAAAUCCCAGGAAAAACUUCCUAGCUGUACGAACAGUCGGACAAUAGAACAGACUUCCUGUGGAAGCUCCUUCACUGGAGGUUUUCAAAAGGAGGCUGGAGAGCCAUCUGUCCUGGAUGGUUUAGACCUAACAAAUCCUGCACCUUAGAUGGGGGUUAGUGAUGUAGAAUUCAAACCCGUGCAACUGCCUCCAGUACUGGUUUCACUGUCAGAGCCAGGUCAGGUCCCAUGCUUAGAUGCAUAGAUUUAGAUGUGUACAGUUGUUUCCAUUCACACCAAUAAGAUGUUGGCAAAUUAAAUGACAUUUUUUCCCCCUCUGGUGUUUCUCUCGCAGCUCAGACCAACUGUUCUAGAAAACAGAUAAAGUUAAAGCAGCUAAUUAGGAAACUGUCCAGUUACUUCUGCCCCAAACUGACCUCCAUCAUCUUUAAAUUGCUGGAGAAUGUCUCAAUUCUAAAUGAGUAUCAUAAUGAAUUUGCUAGUAUGUAUGUGGCACCACUGCCCUCGGCUGCCUAGAAUCAAAACCGAUUCACUAGGUGUCAUAUACUUGACACUGCUGAAAGUUAAUGGACACUCUCCAGUAGCUCCAAUAACAGGGAGUCUACUUUUCCUCCUCUCCUACCCCCCGUCAAAUGGUAGGGUCUGAGUUCUGUUCCCAUCAAGCUGCAGGAGACCAGGGUUUGCAGCAAGGUGACUACUGUAAUGUGCUAAGUAGCCAUGAACUUGUUACAGGAUCAACAAUACGCUGAGCUAUUUGCAAAAUAUUAAUAUGAAAACAAGCAGACCCUCUGUGUCAGACUGACCUAGCCCAAGCAAUGUUUGGGGCUCCCUUUGCAGCAGCAGUCAUGAAGUAGCAAACAUUGGACUCCAAUCAUCACUUACGGACUAAGGUUUUUAAAAAUGGCUUGUCACACUUGAGUUCCUAAAUCCAUUCUGGGCACCUAAAGUAGUGAAUGGAUUUUUUCCCCCCAAAGUGUCAAGGACCCAGCAGCAAUCACUGAAAUCAGUGGAACUGCUGGCUGCAGCGUAGCAUUUCUCAAAACCAGACCACUUCUUUAGGCACCUAAAUAUGGAUUUAAGAUACUAACUUUAGCCCCCUCUCCCCUUUCAUAAAAAAUCUUGGCCAUUGAAGUCAAUGGCAAAACUCCAUGGCAAGAGGAUUGGGCCCAAAAUUGAAAAGUUGUGCUAUGCUAUCACCAGCAAUAUUGGUGCAUUUUCAAGGGAGUAAACAAAAGGGAUUUCUGGAUUUGAUAGCAUAGCUAAAUCUUGUGUGCAGUGUAGUUGUAGACGUGUCAAUCCCAGGAUAUUAGAGAGACAAGGUGAGGUAAUAUCUAUGAUAUUACCUCAUCCAUCUUGUCUCUCUAAUAGCUAAAUCUUAACAUUUUGCCUCCCUAAAUUCCCUCUUCAAUUUCACUUGAAUAUUGUCCUAAACUGUUUUGUAGUGUUGAUGUGAUUAUUGGCUGCAUUCUGCCCCAGAACUUGCUGCCUUUCCCUGACUCAUGUGUAUAUACAGUUUGUAAAGAUGUUUGUAAAACUCUUUGGGUCCUUUCGGAUAAAAGAUGCUAUAAAAGUGUAUGAUAUAGUAGGUAUUAUUAAUAAUUGUUAAGCUUCCUAGCAACCACAGGUGCAAAAGCCUCCUUUCUCAUAACAUGGAACAAAAGCCUAUUGCACACAGCAGGUGCAAAGCUGCACCUUGUUUUGUCACUUACGCCAGUGCUAAUUGUGUGCAAAGAGGGUGUGAAAUACAACCAUUGGGAGUUGGUGGCAUUCUGCACAUACGUUGCAGACGUAAAUACUGACACAAGGUGCACAGUAGUGGGAAAUUGGGUCCUAGACUUCCCUCGUGCAACUUGGCAAUGUGCCCCAAAUUUGAAUUGGUGAAGCACGGAGAGUUUUAUAAAAGAGCUUGCCUUUAAGAGGUGUGGCACACCUGUAGCUCCCAUUGACUCCACGUGUAGUUCAGCAUGAUCAGUAUCUUUGCAAAGCAGGUCCAUAAAGGGCAACAGGUCAGAUUUCCUCUCCCAGCAGUAAGUCAUCAUCAGUGUAAAUCUACUGACUUGAAUGAGGAGAGAAGGAGAAGAAUGUUGCCCGUGUCUAACUGAUGUGGAUGGUUUAUUGCUCUGUGCCUGUGUUGUAAAUACCAAGCGUAUCUGUUUAAUGAACCUUCAUGUCUGUUUUCCUGCCCUCCCCAACUGCAGAAAGUAUGUCUCUGAAACAACGUUGUGACCCCAUUGCUGGAGCUAACGGGUCCUUGUGCUGUAUAGCUCAACCUAGUGCAGAGCAUGUCAAAUAGCGUCUUCCAUUCCUAACACAUAGUACUUGAUCUAAUCACAGUGUCUAACUCCAAUACUCAUACCAAAACUGCUCUCUACAAGUGCUCUGUAUUUGAAAAGGAGACAUGAUACACAUGUAUAGUUUUCUGUAGUUCCUUAUUUAUUCUCUGUAAGAACACUUUGAAUUGUACUUCUGUAAAAUGAUCAAUUGUAAAUAACAAUCAUCUUUAAAAACC